UCUAAAAUGCUAUAUCAGUCUUUAAGACAAGUUAACAAGAGCCUUCUUCUCUCCUAUAACUAAAAAUAAAUAGCCGCAACAUCGUCCGUGUGUUUCAUUAUCGAGUAGAGUGUGCAACAUUCCAGUAGUGAAACAAUUUAUAUUCUAGAAUGAGAGCGCGGUUGGCACUGCUGCUGUUGCUGGGAAUUGUUUUCCUAGCAUCAGUUUCUGUCUCACUAGAGGAGAAGCCGAGUCGAAAGAAGUGCCUGCAGCGUUGCGAGAGAGAGAGAGAUCUAUACAGGCGGCAAAGAUGCCAGGAUCGUUGUAAGCUCGUUCCUGAGCGCGAGGAGCAAGAAGAAGAAGAAAGAGAAUAUCCACGUCCACACCCACGACCCGAGGAGAGGGAGGAAGAAGAGUGGAGAGGGCAGCAUCGCCGUGAAGAUCCCGAAGAGAGAGAGCGGAUGAGGCAGAGGGAGAGGGAGAGGGAGAGGGAGAGGGCCAAGGAAGAAAAACGCCGGCGACGUGAAAAGGAGGAGCAACAAGAAGAGAGAGGUGUUAGUUACCCUUUUCAUUUGAGCUCUAGGAGAUUCCACACUCUCUUCAAGAACCAAUACGGUCACAUUCGUGUCCUUCAGAGGUUCGACCAACGCUCCACACAACUUCAGAAUCUUCGUGAUUACCGGGUUUCGGAGUUCACGUCCAAACCCAACACCCUCCUUCUCCCCCACCACGUGGACGCUGAUUCCCUCCUAGUUGUCCUUAGCGGGAGAGCCAUAAUUAUCUUCGUGAACCCUGACAACAGAGAGUCCUACUACCUUGACCGUGGUUAUGCCCAAAGAAUCCCUGCAGGAACCACUUUCUAUUUGGUUAACCCAGACGACAAGGAAAAUCUCAGAGUAAUAAAACUGGUCAUAUCCGUCAACAAACCUGGAAAUUUCGUGAAUUUCUUCCUAUCUAGCAGUGAAGACCAACAAUCCUACUUGCAAGAGUUCAGCGAGAAUAUUCUAGAGGCCUCCUUCGAUACCGAAUUCGAGGAGAUAAACAGGGUUCUAUUUGGAGAGAAGGAGCAGAAGCAAGGAGAAGAAAGCCAGCAAGAGGGAGUAAUAGUGAAACUGUCAAAGGAACAAAUUCGGGAACUUAGCGUUAGCGAGCAUGCUAAAUCUAGUUCAAGGAAAACCAAAUCCUUCGAAUAUGAACCAUUCAACUUGAGAAGCCGCAACCCAGUCUGUUCCAACAAGUUUGGCAAGUUGUUCGAGAUCACCCCAGAGAAAAACCUGCAGCUACGGGACUUGGACAUCUUCCUCAAUUCUGUUGAUAUAAACGAGGGAGCGCUUUUUCUACCAUACUACAAUUCAAGGGCCACAAGUAUACUAGUGAUUAAUGAAGGAAAAGCCCACGUUGAACUGGUGGGCCUAAGCGAACAACAGAUGCAGCAAGAAAAAACUUUGGAAGUGCAUAGGUAUGUAGCUGAAUUGUCAGAAAACGAUAUAUUUGUUAUCCCAGCAGCUUAUCCAGUUGUCAUCAACGCUACCUCAAAUCUCAAUUUCCUUGCGUUUGGUAUCAAUGCCAAGAACAACCAGAGGAACUUUCUCGCAGGAGCGAAAGACAAUAUCAUAAGCCAGAUACAUAGACAAGUAAAGGAUCUUGCAUUCCAAGGAUCUGCUCAAGAUGUUGAGAAGCUACUAGAGAAUCAGAGGGAAUCCUGCUUUGUGAAUGCUCAGCCUCAUCAAAAGGAGGAGGGGAAACGGGGAAGAAAAGGUCCGUUGUCUCCAAUUUUGGGCGCUCUAUACUGAAUAACUAUAUACUAAAAUGUAUGCUAUGCGAGGAAAGUAUCGGGCUAUGUAACUAAAAUAACUUGAGCUCUACCUUCAACUAAGAAUAAAUAAAUCGAGCAUGAUGGUUCUGUUUUGGGCCCUUAA